GAGGUGCGGAGCGCGAUGCGGGCGGGCGGAGAGGCUCCGCACCAGGUGCUGGGCCGGCUGCGGUUCCUGCUGCAGUGCAGCGAGUGCUUCCGCAGCGCCCGGCCGCUGCCCGCCGCGCUGUGCUACGUGCCCCGCGAGGUGCAGUACAAGAUCUGCAAGGACCCCGCGGCCGCCGCCUCGUCCCGCAGCCUGCUCAGCGUCUGGGACGGCCCCGGGCCGGCGCGGGGCUCCAAGCGGGCGGCGCGAGCCACCAUCGAGGUGCGGAAGGGCGGCUGCCUCCGCGCUACGGGCGAGGAGUACUGCAACGGCGCGGGGCUGUGGGUGAAGCUCAGCAAGGAGCAGCUGGAAGAGUACAAGAGCGGCUGUGAUCUGGAGGAAGGCUGGGUCCUGGUGUGUAAGCAUGCAGAAGGAGGGGACAGGCUGGUCCCAGUUGAGUCCACAGAGAGGAUCCAGAGGCAGCAGCAGUUGUUUGGGGUUGAUUACAAACCUGUGAUCAGGUGGGAGCAAGUGGUGGAUCUGACUUACUCCCUGCGCCUGGGAGCAAAACCCAAGCCCAUGGACCAGGAUGAAGCUGCAGUAGAGAAGCUUCGGUUUGUGCCUCCAACAUGGACUUAUGAAUGCGAUGAAGACCUAGUGCAUUUCUUGUAUGAUCAUAUUGGGAAGGAGGAUGAGAACUUGGGCAGCGUCAAGCAGUAUGUGGACAGUAUUGAUGUCUCUUCCUACACGGAAGACUUCAAUGUGUCGUGUCUGACGGACAGCCAUGCUGACACGUACUGGGAGAGCGAUGGGUCGCAGGGCCAGCACUGGGUGCGGCUCAACAUGAAGAAAGGCACCAUUGUCAAGAAGCUCCUGCUGACUGUUGAUACCACUGAUGAGAACUUCAUGCCCAAGCGCGUCGCCGUGUACGGGGGUGAGGGGGACAAUCUGAAGAAACUGAACGAUGUUGGCAUUGAUGAGAGUUACAUUGGGGAUGUGUGCGUCCUUGAGGACAUGACAACACACCUGCCUGUCAUCGAGAUCCGGAUUGUGGAGUGCAGAGAUGAUGGGAUUGAUGUUCGCCUUCGUGGCAUCAAAAUCAAAUCCUCCCGACAGAGGGACUUGGGGCUCAGUGCCGACAUGUUCCAGCUGGCCAAUUUAGUACGCUACCCCCGCCUGGAAGGGACAGACCCUGACCUGCUGUACCGGAGGGCAGUGCUCAUUCAGAGGUUCAUCAAGCUCCUGGAUAGUGUCUUGCAUCACUUGGUGCCAGCCUGGGACCACACUGUAGGCACAUUCAGCAAACUCAAGCAUAUCAAGCAGUUCUUGUUGCUGUCCAAGAGGCGCACGGCUCUCAUUACACAGUGUCUGAAGGAUUCAGAGACAAGCAAGCCCAACUUCAUGCCACGGCUCUACAUCAACCGACGUCUGGCUAUGGAGCACCGAGACAACCCUGCCUUGGAUCCCAGCUGCAAGAAUGCUGUCUUCACUCAGGUGUAUGAAGGCCUGAAGCCCUCUGACAAGUUUGAAAAGCCUCUAGAUUAUAGGUGGCCGCUGCGUUACGACCAGUGGUGGGAGUGCAAAUUCAUCGCAGAGGGAAUCAUUGACCAAGGUGGUGGUUUUCGGGACAGCCUGGCAGACAUGUCGGAGGAGCUGUGUCCCAGCUCAGCAGACACUCCUGUGCCCCUGCCCUUCUUUGUGCGCACAUCUAACCAGGGUAACAGCACUGGAGAAGCCAGGGACAUGUAUGUCCCCAACCCCUCCUGUAAAGACUUCCCAAAGUAUGAGUGGAUUGGACAGAUCAUGGGAGCAGCUCUGAGGGGCAAGGAGUUUCUGGUCUUGGCUCUUCCUGGCUUUGUAUGGAAACAAUUAACAGGGGAGGAGGUCAGCUGGAGCAAAGACUUUGCUGCGGUGGACUCGGUGCUGGUGAAACUCCUGGAGGUGAUGGAAGUGAUGGACAAAGACACUUUUGAGUUCAAAUUUGGGAAUGAGCUGACCUACACAACAGUGCUGAGUGACCAGCGCAUGGUGGAGCUGAUUCCCAAUGGCAGCAACACCGUGGUCCGUUAUGAGGACCGUAAGGAGUUCAUCCAUCUGGUACAGAAAGCUCGACUGGAGGAGAGCAAGGAGCAGAUCAUGGCUAUGCAAGCUGGGCUGUUGAAGGUAGUACCCCAAGCUGUUCUUGACCUCCUCACUUGGCAGGAGCUGGAAAAGAAAGUCUGUGGAGACCCUGAAGUCACAGUUGAUGCCCUGAAGAAACUCACUCGCUUUGAGGACUUUGAGCCACUGGACACCCGCGUUCAGUACUUCUGGGAAGCACUCAACAACUUCACCAAUGAGGAUCGCAGUCGCUUUCUCAGGUUUGUUACUGGCAGAAGCCGCCUCCCAGCACGGAUCUACAUCUAUCCUGACAAACUAGGCUCUGAGACAACAGAUGCAUUGCCAGAGUCAUCCACCUGCUCCAGUACCCUCUUUUUGCCCAACUAUGCCACAGCCAAGGUAUGUGAAGAGAAGUUACGCUAUGCGGCCUACAACUGCGUGGCCAUUGACACAGACAUGAGUCCAUGGGAGGAGUGAUGUUGCAGCCUGACCAAGCAGCAUGGACAAUCACUUGACAAAACCAUACAAUGGGAAGAGCUCCCUUGUUCCCCCGGGUUAUGUGUAUAUAUAAUAAACAUCUAGGUCUGAAGCCUGGCUUCCUGCAGUGGUAACCAGUACCACUUUGGACACAGACAUUUGGAACUGGCUUGGAGUGUAAAUGUUAUUGCAGUAAUGAAA